AUGAUUACCACUCGACAUUACAUAUAUUCCUGGUCUUACUCUGUUGUCCUGGUACGGUGAAUGGCAGCUAGGCGCCCUAAGUCUUACAAUACGUUGAUAUGUCAGUAUCUCUGCCGCAUAGGUCGGCACAACCUCGACGCCGUUCUGAAGCUGAGCUGGAUGACUCUUCGUCAAGCUCUAAAAGAUCUCGGGGGCCAAAUAAGACCGACAAAUAUUGCUCCCGAUGUCUCCUCGUCUUUUCGGAAGAGGGUCUGAAGGCGCUCAACUCAACUACCGGAUUUGAACACUCUACCUAUACGCAAUGUUGCUCUGCGGCUACGGUAUUCCAAUGUUGCACCACCAUGGAUCGACAUCAUGGAGGGCAGUCUACCCUCAGGGGACAUUAUUUUAAGCAUCUUACCUUACGCAAAGGACGGAGACUCCGCUGCUGGCUUCGUAUACAGGAGACCUCUGCAGAGAGAUGUAAAGAGCCAAAAGGUGUUCUCCGCUGCUUCACGGUUGUAUGAAGAGUGCAGAAAAGCUCAUGACCAAUGCCGCUACGGCCGAGACAGUGUUUUGCCGACACGAGUAAUUGACGUUGGUACAGUCCAGUCGCCCGCUAUGAAGCUCUUCGUCAAUGACGUCGAAGAGGAAGGCAAGUACGUCGCCUUGAGUUACUGCUGGGGCGGCGAACAGCCCGGUAAACUCGUAAAAGCUACUCUCAACCGCAUGACCGAGGAGAUAAGAAUGGGCGAUUUGGAGCAGACGGUCAGAGAUGCGGUAGUCGUCACGCGAAAGUUCGGGUUCCGCUAUCUCUGGGUUGAUGCAUUCUGCAUCAUUCAGGAUUGCGUUCAAGACAAGGAGAAGGAGAUUGGCGAAAUGGCUCUGAUCUACAAGAAUGCUGCGGUCAUGAUUGCGGCUGGAACCGCAGCGAAAGCUCAAGAUGGGUUUCUUGGAAUGAAGGGGACGUACUUGCCUGAGGACAAAUUUCGCAUCCCCAUGUCGAGCGGCCUAGGCACUGUCUACCUCCGAAGUGGUACACAUAUACCCAAGCAUGUCAUAGACACACGCGGGUGGGUUCUUCAGGAGUUCAUGCUUUCAUCAAGGAUGUUGUUCUUCUCGGAAUAUGAGCUGCUGUGGCAGUGUAAGGAAAUUGAGUUGCGGGGUGUUACUGGUGAUGGUCUGGAGUACUUGCAACCGUUGGAAAGUCUGCCUUGGUUGGCUUUCAAUGACGAGGCAGGGUCAAUUUUUGGGGUUCAAGAGGAGGAGCAGAGGUACAUCUGGAUGACUGUGGUUGAGCAGUACUCGCGCCGCUUGUUGGGUGAAGCUGACGACAGGCUAAACGCCUUGAAGGGCAUCACAAUAGAGCUUGAGAGCCUGUGGCGAGAUGGAAACACUUUCGGGUUAUGGAAAAGAUGGUUCAUCGAACAGCUGACUUGGUCUAAGAAAGGCUGCGAUGCAGACAGGGAUGCGGAAAGGAAGAGGUCGAAUCGGGCACCAAGUUGGUCUUGGGCUUCUCUGAAUGGGCGGAUCCGGUACACUGGCUUGCUCACAACGGAGUUUGCCAAGGUCCGGAGUAUGACUCUCUUGGAAGAACGUACCAAACCGCACAACGUGGUCUUGUCGUGCCCAAUCCUCACACUUGACGACGUGGACGAGUCAAUGGUUGAUGAGGACGAAGAGUGGGUAACAGAAUAUCCUGAUUUAGCUGAUGUAUCGCUUGAGAUCGGGGACAGGGAGACCGAGUACCUUCUUUUAGGGAAAACGUUGCUCGGAGACGCUGAGCUGCUCGUUGCGCUCAUGGUGGUUGAAGAUGAAGCAUCCGGUGGAGUAUACCGUCGAGUUGGGCUGGCAACAUUCACAGAUAUGAAUGUCUUGAAUAGCGCAAAGAAGAGGGCCGUUACGAUCAAGUAGAUAUCCAAUGGCGAGGUGUCAAAUCAGUUCACUUCACGGAGCAAGACUAGCUGAUAUUUCGAAUGGCCGUUCAUGUGGCACAUGACAUUAAUCUCUGUUUCAAACCUCGACUUUUUGACAAUGCUCGCUG